UCUGGCGCGAACGCUCAGGCGCCUCCUCCCGCCCCAGUCACUGUGGCUCGGAGCACGCUGCCGGCGGCUGCCCUUUCCGCCUCUGGGGGAGCAAAGCCGCGGGCCCGCCGUGCGCCUGAACCAUGGCCUCGGGCCGGAGGGGCUGGGACAGCUCCCACGAGGACGAUCUGCCCGUGUACCUGGCCAGGCCGGGCACCACGGACCAGGUCCCGCGGCAGAAGUACGGCGGAAUGUUCUGCAACGUGGAGGGCGCCUUCGAGAGCAAGACGCUGGAUUUCGAUGCCCUGAGCGUGGGGCAGCGGGGCGCGAAGACUCCCCGGAGCAGCCAGGGCAGCGGCCGCGGCUCCGGGAGCCGGCCGGGAGUGGAGGGGGACACCCCGCGCCGGGGCCAAGGCCGGGAGGAGGGCAGGGAGCCCGCGCCCGCGUCGCCCGCGUCGCCCGCGCCCGCCGGGGUGGAGAUCCGGAGCGCCACCGGCAAGGAGGUUUUGCAGAACCUCGGCCCCAAGGACAAGAGUGACCGUCUUCUUAUCAAGGGUGGCAGAAUUGUCAACGAUGAUCAGUCCUUUUAUGCUGACAUUUACAUGGAAGAUGGAUUAAUAAAGCAAAUUGGAGACAAUCUGAUUGUCCCUGGAGGAGUGAAGACCAUCGAGGCCAAUGGGAAGAUGGUGAUCCCGGGAGGCAUUGAUGUCCACACUCACUUCCAGAUGCCAUACAAAGGAAUGACCACAGUGGAUGACUUCUUCCAAGGGACGAAGGCUGCCUUAGCGGGGGGCACCACCAUGAUCAUUGACCACGUGGUGCCUGAGCCCGAGGCCAGCCUAACCGAGGCCUACGAGAAGUGGCGAGAGUGGGCAGAUGGGAAGAGCUGCUGUGACUAUGCCUUGCACGUGGACAUCACCCACUGGAAUGACAGCGUCAAGCAGGAGGUGCAGAACCUCAUCAAGGACAAAGGGGUUAACUCCUUCAUGGUUUACAUGGCCUAUAAGGAUUUGUAUCAAGUGUCCAACACAGAGCUGUACGAGAUCUUCACCUGUCUGGGAGAGCUGGGAGCCAUUGCGCAAGUUCAUGCUGAGAACGGGGAUAUCAUCGCCCAGGAGCAAACCCGGAUGUUGGAAAUGGGGAUAACUGGUCCGGAAGGCCAUGUGCUGAGCAGACCAGAGGAGCUGGAAGCUGAGGCUGUGUUCCGUGCCAUCACCAUCGCCAGCCAAACCAACUGUCCACUCUACGUCACAAAGGUCAUGAGCAAGAGUGCGGCUGACAUCAUCUCCCAAGCCAGGAAAAAAGGGAACGUGGUCUUUGGUGAGCCCAUCACUGCCAGUCUUGGCACAGAUGGAACCCAUUACUGGAGCAAGAACUGGGCUAAGGCAGCUGCAUUUGUGACAUCCCCGCCUCUGAGCCCUGACCCGACCACUCCCGACUACAUCAACUCCUUGCUGGCCAGCGGAGACCUGCAGCUCUCUGGGAGUGCCCACUGCACCUUCAGCACUGCCCAGAAAGCCAUUGGGAAGGACAACUUCACAGCCAUCCCCGAGGGCACCAAUGGUGUGGAAGAGCGGAUGUCUGUCAUCUGGGACAAGGCUGUGGCCACAGGGAAAAUGGACGAAAACCAGUUUGUGGCUGUGACAAGCACAAAUGCCGCCAAGAUCUUCAACCUGUAUCCCCGCAAGGGAAGAAUAUCUGUGGGUUCUGACAGCGACCUGGUGAUCUGGGAUCCAGAUGCAGUGAAGAUCGUCUCUGCCAAGAACCACCAGUCGGCUGCAGAGUAUAACAUCUUUGAAGGGCUGGAGCUGCGUGGGGCUCCUCUGGUGGUCAUCUGCCAGGGCAAGAUCAUGCUGGAAGACGGCAACCUGCACGUGACCCAAGGGGCCGGCCGCUUCAUCCCCUGCAGCCCUUUCUCGGACUACGUCUACAAGCGUAUUAAAGCUCGGAGGAAGAUGGCAGACCUGCACGCCGUCCCGAGGGGCAUGUACGACGGGCCAGUGUUUGACCUGACCACCACUCCCAAAGGGGGCACCCCCGCGGGCUCCACCCGGGGCUCUCCCACACGGCCCAACCCGCCUGUGAGGAACCUCCACCAGUCGGGAUUCAGCCUGUCGGGCACCCAAGUGGAUGAGGGGGUCCGCUCCGCCAGCAAGCGCAUUGUGGCGCCCCCUGGAGGCCGUUCUAACAUCACGUCCCUGAGUUAA